UGCACAGUUGGCAAGACGGUGAAAACACAUUGCUAAAAAUUUUAUAUACAAACAGAAAAGUUUUUCAAUAUGAGCUUGGCAAGCAUUAAACAAAAGGAAUUGAAGGGCAAGAAGAAAGUGUUGCCCAAGUUGCGCACCGUCCUGGCCAAUCCUUACAAGCAAUACUGUCCUGUAUUGCCCGAAAAUGAACUGCAGCAGUUUUGCAACAUUUUGGAAGAAGCCAAAUCUAACUUCGUCAGUAAGGGAGGUAAACCUCCAAUGAAAAACUUCGCCAGUCACUCGCACAUUAAUCUGGGUCUGGAGAGCUGUUUGCGUGCCAUUCAUGGCCAGCGAUUUUCUUGUAUUUUUAUAUCCCUGAGCCUGAGGCCGACGCAUCUCAUCCGACUGAUCGGCACCAGUGCAUCCGUUAAGAUACCAACUGCUAGCAUUUUUGCCCAAUCCAAGCUUGAAGAUCUUACAUUCAAGCUGUUUGGUGUGAAAUCAAUGGCCCUGACCCUUCCGCUAGAAUUGAAAAACAUUAGCGAGGAUUUGGAUAAUUGGGUGACCAAGCAUCAGAGGCCACUUCCAGCCAAACCCAUUGUGAAAAAAAGAAAAAUAAAGGAAAAAACAAAGCUUGAGAUGCCACCAGCACCAAUUAAAGAGCAGAUAGAUACACCUGAUGACGAUCAAGAUAAACAAUGGACUGGUGAUUAUAUAUCUUGUUCGAACAAACAGACAUUGAGUAGAAUAGACCCACAAUUGGAGGCACAACAAUUGGGAGUUGCUCUUACUAAUUUGGCAAUGAAAGCAAAAGAAAAUCCCCUUGAAACCGAAUCCAAGGUAGACGAAACGCCCAUGGAUGAUGAUGCCAUGGAAGUGGAUGAACCAGAGAAUCUCGAGGAUACAGAGGAUGAGUUUUUGGAAACGGAUUUGUCCAGAUACCGUCCACUUACUAUCAAUGUUAUCCGACAAAAUCCAAACAAGAAGCCAAAGAAGAAGCGCAACAAAAAACCGGCAUCAAAAACAAAAUAAAAAUUGGCAACGCGACC